AUGCCAAUCACCAAGGGCUUCAAAGUCCCAGACACCGCAGCGCACCUCACCCUACCAGCCAACCCAGCCACGCCGCUUUACCUCGCCUUCAUCGCCUCCGCCGACCCCGCCACAGGCCAGCCCUGGUGUCCCGACGUCCGGGCCGCGCUGCCAUACCUCGACGCCGCGUUCGCCGGGGACACUCGACCACACCUAACCAUCAUCGAAGUCGGGCAGAAACCACAGUGGAAAGAUCCCAAAAACCCCUUCCGGACCAAGUGGAACAUCCACAACGUCCCGGCCCUGGUGCGCUACCAGCGUGUGGACGGCGCGGCGCCGGCGGAGACGGGACGGUUGAUGGAGGGUGAGAUCUUGGACGAGAAGAGGCUCUAUGAAUUCAUCGGGCAAACCACGCGAUUAGAUGACCUUGAGAUUGGACGGGUAGAGUGA